AUGUGCUACUAUGGCAACUACUAUGGUGGCCUGGGCUAUGGCUGUGGUGGCCUAGGCUGUGGCUAUGGCUGUGGCUAUGGCUGUGACUAUGGCUGUGGCUAUGGUGGCUAUGGUUAUGGCUGCUACCGCCCACUGUGCUGUGGAAGAUACUGGCCCUAUGGCUUCUACUGA